UGGCUGGGGAAGGGGGUGUGAAGGGUAAUUUUAACCGAGAGCAAGUGCUCGUGAGAGAACGAGCGAAUGAGCAGGCAGGCGCUGUGAAAUGCGUUCGCAGGGGCGCUCUGUGCAUUUGUCAGGCUUCUUGGCUGGCAGCCCAACUUGGCUUUUUGUAAUCAAGGCAUGAUCGCAGACUCCAUGCAGCUCCCCGCGCCUCUCCCGGCUGCCUCGCGUUUGGAAGGAGCCCAGCUUUCGCCGAUGACAUCCAAAAUGCACAGACCUAGCCCUACAGAUGUCAUGUUCAGAAAGAAGGAGCAGAAGGAUGCGGAGCUGGACAAGAAGAUCGAGGCCCUGCGGAAGAAGAACGAGGCCCUCAUGAAGAGGUACCAGGAAGUGGAGGAGGAUAAGAAGAGGGCGGAGCAGGAGGGCAUGGCCAUGCAGAGCCGCAAGGGCAAAGCAGAGGACCUGACAAUCACCAUCAACAAGUCCACCAACGAGGCCCGUGUUGUGACCAAGAAGCCGGGGAGCGGGGAGCCGCCUAGCCCGAGGGGGAGCCAGGAGCCCUCAGAGGCGGAUGCAAACCCAUUCAGCAUGGGACGGGGCAAGCGGCGGCAGCUGCUGGUCACCAUGACUGGCAACACGAAGGGCAAGAGGAUUGUAAGUGAGAAGAGGGGGCAGACCUACCCCCAUAGCCCAGGGGGCCUGAGGGACCUCACUGAAGAGGAGGAGGAUGUUCAGUAUGUCAGGAGAGGGAGGCAUCACCAGCCCUCCAAAGCGGACGCAAGGUCUCAGGAGGAGGAGGGGAAGCAGGAGCUGCAGAGUGUGGCCGAAGAGAGCCAGUGGCUGGCGGAGUGUGACCCCUACCACCAGGAUGCGGAGGGGUCUGUCCCGCAGAGUCACACCGACCUCACCGUGCCCACGUCCAAGGAGGAGCAGCUGGAGUACCUGCGCUGGAAGAAGGAGCGCGAGCAGAUCGACCGGGAGCGCGUGGCGCGCCACAAAAACGCCAAGGGCCAGUGGAGGAGAGCAUGGGACAUGGACAAAUCGGAGAAUAUGUUUGGGGAGAGAUUUCAUGGAGAAAGUGAACGUGGGAAUCAAUCAAGAGGAGGAAGAGGUCAUCCAAGAAGAGGUCAUCCAAGGCCUGCCACUGAAUCACGGGGUCACCCACAGCAAAACAGAGACAAGGGUGGCAAAAAUCUGCCAGCAGUCAGCAGCAAAGCCAAGGGCAAGGACCGUCUGACUGGGAGGGCCCGGAGAUGGGAUGCUAAGGAGGAAGAGGAACAUUUACAGACUUUGGAGACCAGCUUUGAAGAGUUCUUAGAGGAGUUGGAUGCUUUCGGCGACCCUGAGGUGGACAGCUCCACACCGGGGGCAGAGAGCAAGGAAGCAAACAUUGGAAAGGACUCCCCGCCUGACAUGGGCGCCGCAGGCCCUCAGGAGGCGGUCAGUAGCGGUGGCUCUGAGGGAGCUGGAGAUGUCCCCACAGAUGCUGCCCGUAGUGAGAGGCAGGAGAGCCCUGCAGCGGAUGCAGCCUCAGGGACUCCAGCCACCAGCCAGGGAGACAGAGCACCGAAACCGCGGAGAGCUUCUGAGAAAAAGGUUCGCUUCUCAGAGGAAGCCAUUAAGGAGACCAAAGCUGAUGAGGAAAGCCCAAGCCCCCUUCCCUCCGAGCCUCAGCCCAAGGCAGCAGAGGCUGGUAAAGGAGCCUCGUGUUGUGGUGACGAGGAGGCCAGGCCAGCCCCAGAAUUGGACCUGAGGGCUCCAGAGGAGGGUGACAGUCAGAAAGAGGACCAGGGGGUCUCUGACCCUCCCCACAGCAAUGCACCUCUCAGCGGUGUUCCGGCAGAAUGUCAGGCAGAGGGGCAAGGGCUGGUGGAGGCUCCCAAAACCGAAACAGAUGAAAACAAGCCCAGCAACAUGCAUGGUCUUACUCCCAAUCCAGAGACAGAUCACAGAACCAUGGAUGCAAAUUCAGCUGCUCCCUCAGAGGAAGAUCAUGACCAGCCCCUGAAACAUUCUAAGAACAUUGCCACUAGAACCCCAGAAGAGAUGAUUGACUCGACUCUCUCUGCACUGAGCCUAGGCUCUGGAGACCCUCAUCCUUAUCACAAGACCAGCACUGACAAGGUGAAGGAAAAUGGGAAAAUAGUGUAAAGUUGAACAUGAAGAAGCUCCUUGCGUAUACCUUUGUUCUUUGAGGUUAAGGAUGCAACAAACUGAAACCAAAACAAGCAAAACAAAAGUGUUUUCAUCAUUUA